GGCUGGUCGGUCUGAACUCAGAAAUAUUUUCGGUUGGUGGCCGCGCUUCGAGAUUUUGAAGUUGUCGCUGCCGCUAGGUUCCUGGCCCCUGAUACCCCCCGUUCCGCACCGCACCGUACCGCACCGCACCAUAAACAAGCCCAGCACCGAGACAGCGGCAUCAAUUGGCGCCGCCACGCCGCGAUGAAGUACCGCAGGGUAUCGCGAUAUCAUGGUCUGAAGCGACCACGCGUCAGACAAACAUGGAACAAGUACAACUUAUACAACCUCAACAAUUUGCGGGAACCCAAGACUCUGUAUAACACUUUCUUCCAACAGAAGUGGGGGGCCAAGGCGCUGGCGCGUGGCUACCAUGGCGAGCACAUCAAGGAGAAGAAAUGGGAGCGCAUGUUCAGCAGGCGGCUCCUAUCCGUUACCGACAUGGACCCAAAAUACAUGGCGCACUUCGACGGGAGCGAGCAGGCCGCCGGCCGUGGCUCUGGAAAGACUCAGGCACCCGGCUCCCCUCCAGCGCCGCGCAAUGGCACUUCUACCAAGCACACGCCUUACAUGCAAAUGACGUUCGCUCCCUUAGAGCGGCGUCUUGAUAUCGCUAUUUUCCGGGCUCUCUUUGCGAGCAGCGCCCGCCAGGCUCACUCCCUGGUUGUACACGGCGCCGUCAAGGUCAACGGAAUGAAGAUGAAAUAUCCCGGCUAUCUCCUGAACCCAGGUGAUCUCUUCCAAGUUGACGUUGACCGCGUCCUGGAUUGCACGGGUGUGAAGAAGGCGACUGCACCAAAGAAGAUCGAAGCCGCCUCAGAACCUGUCAAGGAAGAGUCGGGAAAGAAACUGAAGGAAACAAAAAUAGCUGCGAAGACCCUCAAGAAAAGACGUGCCGAUAUUAAAAAGCUUUACUGGAUCGCCAAAGGGCUUCUUGAGGGCAAGAGCCAGAGCAAGAGCGAUGGCGAGACCGAGACCGAGACCAACAAGGUACUGCGCAUGAAAAGGCAAAUCAGAGCUCGCAAAAAUGCCGUGCGCGCACUGGUCAACACGGUUAAAAAAAUUAACCCCCUCACCCCGGACCAGGAGUUCCUCGACGACGAGUCGAAGGCUACGGAACUGGUGACCAAUCUUUCCGAGUUGCUGCAGGAGCUCCAUUUGGAUUUUGUCGACCCCGAAAGGGCGAGACAGAAAUUCGUAGAAACGGAAAUGGCAAAGGCGAAAUUGGAAGCGCAAAUGCAAGCCAACAAGUCCACAAUGCUUCGUAACCACCCCUCCAAUGCGGCAGACAUGUCGAAGGCAGAAAAGAUGGCAGCCAAGAGGGAAGCCAAGAGGGAAGCCGAGAGAAUUCUCUUGGGGCCAGUGAAAGAAGCCGCGGACCAGCUCCAAUCGACAGACCGCGGUACUCUCAGCCAGUUGAUCGUCAAGCAAUUGGUGAACCCAUAUGACCCGAAGAAAACCUACGUCACCCCAUGGCAGCCCAGGCCGUACAUGUCGCCCUUCGCCUUCAUCCCCCGCUACCUCGAGGUCAACCAGAACAUAUGUGCCGCCGUAUACCUGCGCCACCCGGUCGCUCGCCAGGGCUUGGCCGAGGUGCCGACACCAUUCUCGGAGGAACUCAACCAGCUGGCUCACAAUUGGUACUUGCGGAGAGGCUAGUUUGCCUAUUGCUGCGCGUGAUGUUGCAGCAGCAGGAGGGGGGGGACGGCUUCGUGGUACGUGUAGUGUAGAAUAUAACUCGAUAUGUAUUUAUUUACCACCAAGUGUAGGGGGGCAGCAUUGUCUUGGCCCUCUCUUCUCCAUCAUCAAUGUAUUUUAUGUUUUGUACCAAUAUUAUCCCGAAUCAAAGAACAUACAUAGAC